AUGAGGUCUUCUUCUUCUACUGCUGCUGAUUCGGGUACGAUCAAUAUCGCUGCGAGUGCUCAGAAGCUUGAUGUUGAUAAUCGAAUUGCUCUUCGGUUUUAUUAUCGGGUUGCUGAUAACAUACUUCGGCAGGCCGACAUCUUUCGCGCAGAGAAGAACAUCAUUGACCUAUAUGUCCUGCUUUCGAGAUUUUCUAGUUUGGCAUCUGAGACAAUACCGCGUCACCGAGAGUAUAGAUCAUCUCCACAAACCAAGAAACAGUCAUUGAAAAAGAGAUUGAAUGAACUAGAGAAGCUGGAACCAAUAGCCACCAGGACAGUUAACCAGCUCUACUUCCUCAGUCCCCAAUUAAGGCCGCUUACGGCGAAGUUUCUAAGAGCUGGAAACACGAGCUGA